AUGGUCUCCCUGGCCUUCAUUAUCCCCUCCCUGGAUCCGGGAGACUGGUACGCCGCCCUCAAUCUAAAAGAUGCGUACUUUCACAUCGCCAUAUUUGAGGGACACAGACGCUUCCUUCGAUUUACGGUAGGUCCCAACCACUAUCAGUUUGCGGUCCUCCUGUUUGGCCUAGUGACAGCACCAUGGGUAUUUACCAAGUGCAUGUUGGUGGAGGCUGCUCAUCUCAGAUGUCGGGGUAUCCAGAUCUACCCGUUCCUCGACGACAGGCUAGUCAAUGGCAGCUCCAGGUCUCAGGUUCAAAGGGAUGUCACGAUGCUGUUAGCCACUUGCUGUCGCCUCAGCUUGUUGGUAAACUACAAAAAAUCCACGUUAGUUCUGGUACAGAGGAUAGAGUUCAUCGGAGCGGUGCUUGACUCUACCUGCGUCAGGGCUUUCCUGCCACUGGAGAGAUUCAGGGCAUUGAUGGACCUCAUCGCGGAAGUCUUUGCCUUUCCUCUGACCACUGUCUGGGUUUGCCUGUGCCUCCUAGGUCACAUGGCAGCAUGCACAUAUGUGGUACACCACACCAGGCUCCGGAUGCGACCCCAGCAGCAAUGGCUGGCAACGGUCUACUCCCAGUCCAGAGACCACCUGGAAAAGGUCAUUACCAUCCCCGCAACGAUACUUCCCUCGCUGCGAUGGUGGACCAGCCCCGGGAAAGUCCUGGAAGGAGUUCCCUUCGACAGCACCCCUCAUUCAGUCAAGAGGCUAUUUAGACAAAAAGUUAUUGUGAUUCGUUUCAUAGUGACGUUUCAAGUUGCUCGCUUUGUAGUGAGUGAGCGAUGCAUUGCAGAAAUCAAGCAGAAGAUUGAGCUGCUGAUGUCAGUUAACUCUGAGAAGUCGUCCUCUUCAGAAAGGCCAGAGCCUCAACAGAAAGCUCCAUCUGCACCUCCACCUCCACCUCCGCCCCCACCUCCGCCCCUGCCAGAGCCAGCACCACCAGAACCAGAGGAGGAGAUUCUGGGAUCUGAUGAUGAGGAGCAAGAAGAUCCUGCAGAUUAUUGCAAAGGUGGCUAUCAUCCAGUGAAAAUUGGAGAUCUUUUCAAUGGCCGGUAUCAUGUAAUUAGGAAGCUAGGAUGGGGACACUUCUCUACAGUUUGGCUAUGCUGGGAUAUGCAGGGGAAGAGGUUUGUUGCAAUGAAAGUUGUAAAAAGUGCCCAGCAUUAUACAGAGACAGCCUUGGAUGAAAUUAAGUUGCUCAGAUGUGUUCGUGAAAGUGAUCCUAACGAUCCAAACAAAGACAUGGUUGUACAGUUAAUUGAUGACUUCAAAAUUUCAGGGAUGAAUGGAAUACAUGUCUGUAUGGUCUUUGAAGUUCUUGGACAUCAUCUCUUAAAAUGGAUAAUCAAAUCCAACUAUCAAGGACUUCCUAUCCGUUGCGUAAAAAGUAUAAUUCGACAGGUCCUUCAGGGUUUAGAUUAUCUACAUAGCAAAUGCAAGAUCAUCCAUACAGAUAUAAAACCAGAAAAUAUCUUGAUGUGUGUGGAUGAUGCCUAUGUGCGUAGAAUGGCUGCUGAAGCCACAGAGUGGCAGAAAGCUGGUGCUCCUCCUCCUUCUGGCUCAGCAGUGAGUACUGCCCCACAACAAAAGCCUGUUGGGAAAAUAUCUAAAAACAAAAAGAAAAAACUGAAAAAAAAACAGAAGAGGCAAGCUGAGCUACUAGAGAAACGCCUGCAGGAAAUAGAAGAACUGGAGCGAGAAGCUGAAAGGAAAAAAAUAGAAGAAAAUGUAACCUCAGCUGUACCAUCAAAUGAGCAAGAAGAUGAGUAUCACCCAGAGGUCAAGCUAAAAACAGCUGAUUUAGAAGAGGUAGCAGAUGAAGAGCCUGGGAAUGAUGAUGGUGAAGCAGAAGAUCAGGAGGAAAAAGAAGACACAGAAAAAGAAAACACUGAGAAAGAUGAUGAUGUUGAACAGGAACUUGUCAACACAGACCCUACGUGGAUAGAAUCCCCCAAAACAAAUGGCCAUAUUGUAAAUGGCCCAUUCUUACUGGAACAACAGAUUGAAGAUGAAGAUGAGGACGAGGAAGACUGCCCAAACCCUGAGGAGUAUAACUUCAAUGAGCCAAAUGCAAAAAGUGAUUAUUCUUAUAGUAGCUCCUAUGAACAAUUUAAUGGUGAAUUGCCAAAUGGACCUCAUAAAAUUCCUGAGUCACAGUUCUCUGAAUUUUCAGCUUCAAUGUUCUCUGGAGCUUUAGAAUCUGUAGCUUGUGGUUCAGCUGUUUCUGAGGGAUCAUCUGUAACUGAAAGAGACGAGAGCAGCCCAUCUCAGGAUAGGAGCAGAACAGUUUCAGCGUCUAGUACUGGAGAUUUGCCAAAAACAAAAACCCGUGCUGCGGACUUAUUGGUGAAUCCCCUGGAUCCAAGAAAUGCAGAUAAAAUUAGAGUUAAAAUUGCUGAUCUGGGAAAUGCUUGCUGGGUGCAUAAACACUUCACUGAAGACAUCCAGACAAGACAGUAUAGAUCCAUAGAGGUUUUAAUAGGAGCAGGUUACAGUACACCUGCUGAUAUCUGGAGUACAGCCUGUAUGGCAUUUGAGCUUGCAACUGGAGAUUAUUUGUUUGAACCACAUUCUGGUGAAGACUAUUCCAGGGAUGAGGACCACAUAGCACACAUCAUAGAGCUGCUAGGCAAUAUCCCAAGGCACUUUGCUCUAUCUGGAAAAUAUUCUCGGGAAUUCUUCAAUCGCAGAGAUCACAUAGCAUUGAUCAUUGAACUGCUGGGAAAAAUCCCUCGAAAAUACGCUAUGUUGGGGAAAUAUUCCAAGGAGUUUUUCACCAAAAAAGGAGAACUCCGGCACAUUACCAAGCUAAAACCUUGGAGCCUCUUCGAUGUGCUUGUGGAAAAAUAUGGUUGGCCUCAUGAAGAUGCUGCACAGUUCACAGAUUUCCUGAUCCCCAUGCUAGAAAUGGUUCCAGAAAAACGAGCUUCAGCUGGAGAAUGCCUUAGGCAUCCAUGGUUGAAUUCUUAG